AUGAUGCAAAACAAAGCUCUUGUUUUCAAGAAAAUCCCCCUUGGCUUUCCUGUGCCCGGGGAACACCUUGCUGUGGAGCCGGUGGACAAUAAUGCGGAGGAUGUAGCGCCUCCAAACGGCCUUAUCUUGAAAUCUCUCUACGCAAGCUUUGACCCUUACAUGCGUCCUCGCAUGAGACCUGCAGAAGUCAAAUCAUACACGCCGGCUUUUGCACUCAACCAACCUAUCGAUAGUGCCACCAUCGCCAAAGUACUUCAAUCCAACAAUCCGGCUUUUCGGGAAGGAGAUUUAGUAAUUGGUCACCUUCCUGUUCAGCAACUUGUCACGGUGGAUGGCGGCCAGGCGGCCAGGCUUCGUCAACUUGAGAAUCCGCUCGGUAUCCAUGAUAUCCGAGUGUUCCUCGGAGCUCUUGGUAUGCCGGGUCUUACUGCAUACUCAUCUUUAUUUGAGAUAGGAAAUCCACAGAAAGGAGAGACAAUUUUCGUUUCUGCUGCUAGCGGUGCUGUCGGCCAAUUGGUUGGUCAGCUCGCUAAACAUGAGGGUUUGAAAGUUAUUGGGAGCGUCGGGUCCGACGAGAAACUUGACUACAUAAUCCGAGAGCUCAAUUUCGAUGGGGGCUUCAACUACAAGAAAGAAAAGCCCGCAGACGCACUGGCUCGGCUUGCGCCAGGCGGAAUCGACAUUUAUUACGAAAAUGUUGGAGGGGAACAUCUUGAAGCCGCACUUGACGCGUUGAAAGACUUCGGUCGUGUGAUUGUCUGUGGUCUAAUUUCACAGUACAAUGCGGCUCCAUAUCCUAUUAAAAACAUUGACAAUGUGUUAUUUAAACGUCUAACUAUGCGAGGAUUUAUCGUCGGCGAUCCAAACAUGGGCGAUAAGUAUGCUAAGGAACAUCAAGACCGUCUUCAACGGUGGAUCAAAGACGGCUCAUUCAAAGCCCUUACGCACGAGACAGAGGGCAUUGACAAUGCAGCGGAAGGUUUGGUUGGAAUUUUCCAUGGAAAUAAUAUGGGAAAAGCUGUUCUGAAGUUUUAA